AUGUCUGUACCAAAAGCGGUAACCCCGAUCUACACUCGGGCUUACCAUGCGGCGCUGUAUAGGGAGUCCCUGCAGCACUUACCUUGUCCUUCGCUCCCGCGAUGUGUCCCCCGGCCAUCUCCUCCGUCUGAUGCCGGCAUCCGGCUUCUGUGUUCCGGUCCCUGUGACGUCGGGACGUACGGGCGCCGCGAAAUUUGAAAAUUUAAAAAGUCAUUUUUUUCAAAGCGAUUUUACAUGUGCUUUGUCCUGCGCCCUGCCUGCAUUUUGAUUGUUCUUUCUG